AUGUGCCAAAAACUUCCUUCUAGUGAGGUUCCUACUAUUCUCAACUGUCAUGGUAAGAGCUGGGACAUGGCUUAUAAUGGGCAAAACAAAUACAAGCAGUUUGAUACAAUUGGCUGGAGAAACUUUGUUAAAGAUAAUAAUUUGAAGGUCGGAGACAUGUGCGUUUUUGAGCUUAAGGAAAACAGUGAAGAGAAAAUCGUCUUUGAAGUUCAAAUUCUUAGAGGUGAAUUUCCUGGGACUGAUGAAUGUGAAGAAGAUCAGAUUUUUGUAUCCGGAUUUUCUGGUACCGGUGAGAAUGAUUCACCAUAUGUCAUCGACUAA